GCCAGCCAGAGGCUGCAGGAGCCGGCGCGCGUCUGCGCCCCGUCCAGUGCUCUGAGGGAGGACUCACUUGCCCAGGAGGUAUCUCCCGUCGGUGAAACCGUGCACUAUCGGCCCUUUGUGAGUGGCUCGACGUGGGACUCAGCGUGAUGUUUCUGAAGUUCACACCCCCCGGGAGUCAGUAUCCGAUUUUCAUUUCUUUCGAUGACUGAGAAACCAUUGCGCGUGUGGACCACCUUCUGUGUAGCCACUCGUCUCGGAUGGGCGUUUGGGAUGCGUCCACCUCUUGGCUGCGGUGGACAGUGGUGUUCACGUGCCCGGCUUCUGCGGGCUGUUCCUGAGAGCAGUUUUGGAAGGACCCACCGACGGGCUCUACAGUGGCCUGCCAUGCCGCAGUCACACCAGCAGUGGGUGUGCGAGGAACAGCACUGCGAGGAGGAAGUCUUCCUCCUGGCCAUGAACUACGUGGAUCGAUUCCUGUCCGCGGUCCCCACUCGUAAGACGCAGUUGCAGCUCCUGGGUUCGGUCUGCAUGCUGUUGGCCUCCAAGCUGCGGGACUGCAAGCCCGUGACCAUCGAAAAACUCUGCAUCUACUCGGACCAUGCUAUCUCCCACCGCCAGAUGCUGGACUGGGAGCUGCUGGUCCUGGGCAGGCUCAAGUGGGACCUGGCCGCUGUGAUUGCCCACGAUUUCCUGCCUCUGAUUCUGCACCGGCUCACCCUGCCCAGCGACCGGCAGGACUUGGUCAGAAAGCACGCCCAGACCUUUUUGGCUCUCUGUGCGACCGAUUAUACGUUUGCCAUGUACCCACCAUCCAUGAUCGCCACGGGCAGCGUGGGGGCUGCAGUGCAAGGCCUGGGUGCCACCUCCCUGUCUGCCGAUGAGCUCACCGAGAUGCUGGCAGGGAUCACCGGCACUGAAGUGGACUGCCUGCGGGCCUGUCAGGAGCAGAUUGAAACGGCGCUCAGGGACAGCCUCAGGGAUCCCCGCUCCAACUCCAGCCCCGUGCCCAAGGCCCUCCGCGGCUCCAGCAAUGAGCCCAGCCAGACCAGCACGCCUACAGACGUCACAGCCGUCAACCUGUAGCCUCGGUGAGGCCCCCUCAAGUGGCCACCAGGAGCAGAGGAGGGGACACUGCCCCCACCCCCACCUCCUGCCCUGUGAGAAUUAGUCAAGCCACAUAUGAAGCCUGAGGGGGCUCCUCUUAUACACCCCUCUUCUAGCCUAUGGGCCAGGUCCUACCUAUCCCUGCACUGUGCACUAAGGGGCAAGGCCAGCCAGCCGUGAUUGGGUGGCUGGUCAGGCUCCUCCCCCUUCCUCUAUCUGAACAGCUCUUUCCGACUCUAGCUGGGGGUGACCCGACCCGGGCUGCUCAGAGACCAAAUUGAAGCAGGUUUAAAAAAAAAAAAAAAAAA